UCAUAUGCAACGUCACUUCAAGCCAUCCUCCUCGCUUAUGGGAGCAGCAUCCCGACGACCAGCAAGAUGGCAGCUACGCGUGAGGUCGACAGUGGCGAGACGCGACGGCAGCGAAAAGAUGUCGAAAACCAUGCACAGACACCCUCUAGCACUCUUCCCGAUGGCAAGGUCACGCUGCGAGACUUUUGGGACAACAGAAGGGUUUUGAGCUUCUGUCUGCUGAUAUAUAUGCUGCCGGUAAACUUUGGCUACGAAAUAAACAUCAUCGGCAACGUGCUGGCAUCGGAUGCUUUUCUCAACCGCUUUGGUCACACCAUCAACGAUGUGCGCCUGAUAUCGGCAAGCGACCAACAGAUCCUCAACGCAGCCGCCACCGUCGGCAUCUUCACCUCUGCCUUGGCCACGGGCAUCCUCUCCGACGCCAUUGGCCGCAAGAGGGUCAUAGUGAUGGCGGCCCUGAUCUGCACCGCCGGCGUCUUGACGCAGUACUUUGCCGAGACCAUCCCCGUCCUCUUUGGCGGCAAGCUCGUCGGCGCCUUUGGGUUCGGCCUGGGCCACUCCCUGGGCCCCGUCUACGUCGCCGAGCUGGCCCCCGUCAGGCUCCGCGGCGUGUGCCUGGCCCUCACCAACACCAUGAUCGUCAUCGGCCAGUGGCUGAGCUCGGUCGCCGUGUAUGCUUCCUCGGCGACCUACGCCGACGACGCGCAGUGGAGGGUGCCCGUCAUCACGCAGCUCAUUUUCCCCGCAAUCCUGCUCGUCGGAUCCCUGGCCGUGCUUCCCGAGUCGCCGUCUUGGCUCAUCCUCCACGGCAGGCCGAAGGAGGCCGCCGCGGCGUUUCGCAAGUUCAACGGUCCUGGGUUUGAUGUCGACGGCGCGAUGGCGCUGAUGACCUCGGCCGUGAUCAAGGAGAAGGAGCUCGAGUCGUCUGGGUCAGGUGGAUGGGUUGAGUGCUUCAGGGGCCCCAACGGCAGGCGGACACUGAUCAUCUGCAUGGUCUACAUCGCACAGCAGUUUAUCGGCGUUAACUUCAUUGCUGGUUACCUAGCCUACUAUUUCAAGCUGGCCGGGGUGGACAACGCGCUGGGAAUUGCUCAGGCCGCGUAUGCGAUUCAGUUGGUUGGUAACAUGUGCUCUUGGCCACUGAUAGACCGGUUGGGACGUCGACCGCUCGUGGUUGGAGGCAUGCUUGUCAUGACUGCAGGACUACUGCUCAUCGGUGGCAUCAGCACCAUCAACAACGCGCCCUCGCUCAAGGCUACGGUUGCGUUUAUGACAGUUUGGGGCUUCCUGUAUCAAGCAACCCUCGGCGCGGUGGCCUACGCAAUCGGAGGCGAGACCCCCUCUCCCUCGCACCGGCAAAAGACCUACUCCAUCAACAUCAUGAGCGCUACGGUCGUCUCGUGCGCCGUGUUGCAGGUGAUGCCGUACCUGAUCAACCCGGACCAGGCGAACCUGGGUGGCAAGAUCUGCUUCGUCUUCCUGGCGCCCUCGGUGCCCAUGUGCCUGUACCUGUACUUUUGCCUGCCCGAGAUGAAGGGCCGCACCUACGUCGAGCUGGAGGAAAUGUUUCAGAACAAGGUCCCCGCGCGCGAGUUCGAGUCGUACGUCUGCCGCGGUGCCCUGGAGCUUUCUGGUGCGGUCAGGGAUGCCAAGAGGUCCGAGGUCGAAGCCGCCGAGGUUGAGUAG